UUAAAGCUCCUCUGCAGAAUUACCUUGAGCCAUAGCCAAACACAGACCCGAAACUCUCUAGUGAUGCAGGCAUGGAGAAUUCUGGAAAUGAAGUUUUCAGGGAAGAAAACAAUGAAGCGAAGAUCAAGCAAAUCCGUCUAGAGAUAGAGAUAGCUUUGACGAAGAUGAGAAGAUCACUAGGUUUGUUGUGGCGAAAGAUAUGGAGGGUUGGUCGAGAAGAUCCACGGAGAGUCAUUCACUCUUUGAAAGUUGGGUUGGCGUUGACGCUAGUCUCCUUUCUAUAUCUGAUGGAGCCACUGUUUAAAGGAGUUGGACAAAAUGCAAUCUGGGCUGUCAUGACUGUGGUUGUGGUGCUUGAGUUCACUGCUGGGGCAACUCUGUGCAAAGGACUGAAUAGAGGAGUUGGGACUCUCUGUGCCGGGUCGUUAGCCUUUUUCAUUGAAUAUAUUGCAAAUGAGUCGAGCCACAUAUUCCGAGCUGUUUUCAUCGGAUUUGCAGUCUUUCUGAUCGGUGCUGCAGCUACAUACAUGAGGUUCUUUCCAAAUAUAAAGAAGAACUACGACUAUGGUGUUGUGAUAUUCCUCUUAACCUUCAAUCUAAUAACGGUGUCAAGCUACCGGGUUCAUAAUGUAUUCCGCAUCGCACACGAACGCUUCUAUACCAUCGCGAUCGGUUGUGUUAUCUGCCUUUUCAUGAGUCUGAUUUUUCCAAACUGGUCUCGAGAAGAUCUCCAUAAUUCCAUUGUGUUGAAGCUUGAAGGGCUAGCCAGAUCAAUAGAAGCUUGUGUUAAGGAAUACUUCCAAGAUGAGGAGAUUAAAGCUGUUGAAGACAACGAGGAAUCAUCAGAGGAUCACAUUUACAAUGGGUAUAAGGAAGUUUUGGACUCCAAAUCCAGUGAUGAGACCCUAGCACUACAUGCAAGUUGGGAGCCAAGGCAUUCAAGGCACUGUCAUCGUUACCCAUGGCAACAGUAUGUAAAAUUGGGAGCUGCUCUUCGACAUUUUGGCCAUACAGCUGUGGCUCUACACGGAUGUCUGCAAUCAGAAAUUCAGACCCCACAUUCUGUUCGAGCUUUGUUCAAAGAUCCGUGCAUCCGAGUAGCCAGGGAAGUAUCGAAGGUACUCAUAGAACUAGCCGACAGCAUUAGGGAACGUCGCUGCUUCUCUCCGGAGGUUCUCUCUGAUCAUCUUCAUGAAGCUUUACAAGACCUCAACAGUUCCAUCAGGUCCCAACCUAGACUGCUGCUUGGCUCCAGCCGUAACAAAACCAGAAACAUGCUCACCACAGCUGCUACAGUUGCCAAACAGAACCCCACCAAGGACUCUGGGGUUUCCUUAUCCUUCGCCAGAACUGAUCCUUCAGCUUUCCUAGAGUGGCGAACUAAUCGGGUUAUUGAUCAGUCUAGGGAGUCAGAGACGAGACUGUUAAGGCCAGCGCUGAGUAAAUUCUCGACUUCGAGUUUUGAAUUCUCUGAAGCACUUCCAUUUGCUGCCUUUGCUUCUUUGCUAGUUGAGACAGUGGCGAGGCUCGGUCUUAUCAUUGAAGAAGUUGAACAACUAGGAAGGCAAGCAAGAUUCAGAGAGGUAAAGCCUCGUGAAGAACAAGAGCAGAUUAAAGUGACGUGUGAAAGACCACCAAGAAGAGUUAAUGCUGUAGAACUGCAACCACAUUUGGAUGCCAGGGGAAUAGAAUGAAUGGAGGUGGUUUUGGAAACUGAUUGCUGCCAACCCAGUAAAGCACCAUCUCUUUGGUACCAUUGUGUUCUGUACAUAAGAAGACUAUGUACGAUUGAGCUUGAGCUUUCAGAACGAAUUAGAGGAACUAAUGAAACUUGGUUUUGAUUGAUUUCUUUAUCCAUCAAUA